AUGAGGGUGGUGUUUAUCUCCGUCGUGAUCACUCUGCUCUGCGCCAUUGCUGUUGAUUCCUGCUUACCAACAGACCUGGCAGCCCUCGAAGCCGUCAAGGCCUCCCUCACCGAAUCCAACCUCGGCCUCUUCAACACAUGGUUCGGCACCGACUGCUGCCUCAACUGGUACGGCGUCAGCUGCGACCCUUCCACUCGCCGCGUCGUCGACCUUAACCUCCGCGGCGAGUCUGAGGACCCCAUUCUCUCCAAGUCUGGCCAGUCCGGCUUCAUGUCCGGCUCCAUCGCCCCCGAGAUUUGCAACCUCGACAGCCUCACCACCCUCGUCCUCGCUGACUGGAAGGGCCUCUGCGCCGUUUGCCUUUGCUACCCAGCUUAUCUUCCGGCUCGGCUGGAGUUCGAUUCAGGUUGGAUAGUGGCUGGGGAAGGGCGCUGCUUGCUGGCGUGCGCCGGGGUUGGUGGAGGAGGCCGGUGGAGGAGGUCGGGGAAGGAAAUAAAGGGUUUGAAUUAG